GACGUAGUGAAUAACCUAAAAAUUAUGGUGUUACUAUCUAUUAUUAUUAUUUCCACAGUAUCAUUUCAAAUUAAACUAAACAAAUUGAUUCUUGAAAACAAUACAAUUCAAUCAUCGUAUUAUUUUACGAUAUAAAUAUUUAUGCACUCAAAGAAUCCAUUUAAAGCGAUAAUAAAGGAUCUUUGAAGAGGCAAAACUGGAAAUAUUUUUUUCAGAAAUGGAAACAAAUACUGCUGGAUGGAUAGGCCUAAUUGUAGCUUUAUGUUUUACAACUUUUGGUGUAUUAUGGCUGUUAAUUAUUACAAUAAGUUUACUUUUAUUUAUCAUAGGAGUGGCCUCCUUAUUGCAUGUGCAACGGGUUAGUAUAGAGAAGUUUUAUAUAAAAUGUGCUGGCAAUCCUUUAAGUUCAAGUUGUAUAAAAAAAGGAGGUCUAGAACAUAUUGUUAAACAGUUAGAAAGUCCGAAAAAAGUACAAAAACAAGACAGCCGAGUAACUGGUAGUGAGUUAAUUGAUAGUUCCUUACAGGAGAUUUUAGGUUAUAUUAUCAGAGAUUAUGUUUUAACUUGGUAUAAUCUUAUUACUAGAGAUGUUGAGUUUACAGACACUACAGUGCGACGUACAGCUCAAACAUUGGCUAUAAAUAUUUCAAAUAGGGUCAAAGAAAUCGACUGGAUACCUUAUUUGACUCAGAAGUUUGUGGAUGAUGCGGCAUCACAUUUAAAGCUUUAUAAACAAGCUAGAACAAAAAUGAAACUGCAAGAAGCAGCAAGAGAACAGAAAAGCUCACCACAAAGAGAUAAGACAUCUCCUAAAAAGACUGUUCAUAAGAGAAAUAAAAGUGAAACGGAUAUUAACUGGUAUAGUGGGAGAUCUACAGAACUGAAAAAGGAUCAAGAGAAAGUUAUCAAACAUUCUAAAUUUUCUGUAAGUGAUGAAAAAAAGAAUAUCUCGUUAGAAGACCAUUUUUUUAAUUUAGAACACCAAAUGGAAGAGGAUACAGUUUCCAGGGACUUGUUGUGCAGGAAUUUAGAUAUUGAGAAAGAGUUUCUAUGUGAACUUACCGAAAUUAUUUUAUAUAUAUUACUGCCAGAUGAAGAUUUUCAGUGCAAACCUAUACGAUAUGUACUUCGAGAAAUUUUUGUAAACGGCGUCAUUUUGCCUCUUUUCAAUUUGGUUGCUGAUCCAGAUUAUAUUAACCAAGUUAUGAUUUGGCUGUGCCUAACCGAAAAUCAGUUGCCCACUGACAUUUUUCUCAGUAUACUUAGAUUAACAGAUAGCUGUGAUGAAUUGAAAAGUACCAAAGAUUUAAUAUCUCUAGAAAUACAAACUUUGAGAUCUCGCGACUCUGGAAGAGAAAGUGAUCUUGCUGUGAAACAGCAAUUGAGUAGCUUAUAUUAUGUUCAAAAAUUAAUAGAUAGUAAAUUAUCAAAAAUGGGAAAUAUGGACAAUUCAGAUGGACAAUCAUUAGAUUACAUCCAGAUGGAAAGUAUUAAAAAAAUUGAUCUGACCCUAGACCAAAUAUUGAAAAACAAUAUAGCCCUUUCAUAUUUUAUUGAUUUUGUUUCUAGUCAAGGAAAACAACUAGAGCUAUUUUUUUAUCUAAAUGUUGAAGGUUGGAAAGUUUCCGUUGAGCAACAACUUUCAAAUCUUCAUCUAACAAAAAUAAUAAAAGGUUCUACUGAAUCAUUUAGCCCUAUUUACGAGAAUAUCCGUUCGACGGCGCUAAGUAUCUACGACCAGUACUUAGGAGAAAAUAUUGAACAAAGAGUACAAAUAAAACCUACACUUGUACAAGCAUUGUACUUUAAGAUUCGUAAUCUUAAUGAGACGCCUUCGGAAACCUGGUUUGAUGGAGUUUUAGAAGCUACGUACGAGAAGAUGGAAAGUAAACAUCUACCACUGUUUAAAAAAAACAAAUCUUAUGUCAAAUUGUUGCAAGAACUCGAUCUCCUCCAACAACCAAACUCUGAAGACGAUAUUAUUAGUAUUAAUAGCAACGAAAGUCUGGAAAUCAUCGAUCCUUACCCCAUUGCUACUAAAAAAAUGGAAUUCCUAACAGUCAUUGACAAUCCCAAAAACGUCAAACACGUUCGAUCGAUGAGCGAUGUAACAAUGCCAGUUGGAACAAAUGAGUCUGAAAUAAAAUCUUUCAGUUCUGGCCAAGAAAAUAAAUCUACAAACGAAACUGACGCAAUAAAAGAAAAACAGAACGUUGACCAGAAAGCUCUUACGAGUGGAAAUUUUAAUAUUACUAUAAACAUUAUUGAAACUGGUAUCGUAUGCGAAAAAGGUAAAACUUUUGGGAUAUACGCUAUGAGAGUUUCUCGAUCUUAUGAUACUGGGUAUCAAGAGGAGUGGCACAUCUACAGGAGAUACAGUGAUUUCCACGAUCUUUACUGUAAGGUGAAGGAAAAGUUUCCCGAUUUAUCGAAACUUUCAUUUCCUGGUAAGAAAACAUUUCACAAUAUGGAUCGAACAGUAUUAGAAAGACGAAUGAAGAUGCUCGGUUCAUACAUGGACGAAUUGUGUCAGACUAAUCUGAUAUUAGCUCAUAACGGCCUUAAGGAUUUAUUGAUGACUUUUCUUGAGCAAGGCGAUUAUGAUAAAGCAAAUGGGGGACCAAUCUCAACUACAAUUGAUACCCUAGUAAAUCCUCUAAAAUCAGGAAUGAAAACUAUUAAAAGUAUGCCAGAGCAGCUUAUAAAUACCGUUGAUGAAGUAGUCGGGGGAUUAACUAAGGUAUUUCAUCCAAAACCAGUUAGAUUUCCUGAGGCUUGCAAAGUUGGUGCUUCUAUAGAGGAGACCGACGAUAACAUUCCACUUAGAAUAAUGUUACUUUUGAUGGACGAAGUGUUCGAUUUGAAGUCUCGAAAUCAAUGGUUACGAAGGAGGAUCGUAACUUUAUUGAGGCAGAUCGUGAGGACCAUGUUUGGUGAUAUAGUCAAUCGUAGGAUAUUAGAAUACGUGUCCUUCAUAACUAGCCCUAAAAAUGUUGCACAGUAUUUAUACAUUUUUAAGCACUCUUUUUGGCCCAAUGGAAUGAGAAACGAUAGGAGAACAGAACGAGAUGAUGUAGUUAAAAGUAGAACAAAAGUUGCGGCUAAGAUAGCUCUUCUAUCAUGCCUAUCAGAUGAAUUGAAGCAUAUUAUUGGAUCAGAAACGACGAGGCGAGGUUUACUUACAAUUUUCGAACUUUUCCAAAGACCAAUAUUAAAUCGUAGAUUACUCUAUGUUUUAUUAGAGGGAAUACUGUCUACUUUGUUUCCCGAGAAGGAUAUGAAUAAGUUGUUUAUUAAACUAUAUUCUAAGUCAAAGAAAAACGAACAGAUUAAUAUUCAAAAAUCUAGCUGAUGAUUUAUUUCGGUAUAUUGUUUUUUGGUUAUUACCAUUAUCGUAUAGGUAUAAAAUUAUGCACAUAAAAUUUCAUACUAUCUACAUUAAAAUUUUAAUUU